CAAGGAAGGUUCCGCGCCAUCAGUCAACCGCCAUUCGAUCAUUAUUCUCCGAUUGAAACAGACCUCAGCUGUGCGGAUCAUCCUCAGUCACUAUAUUGUAUUGCUCGGCGCAUGGACUGAGUUGUGAUCUGAUCCCACAUCUAUCCUCAAGUAAACAAACUUAUCCACCGUCUAUUCUUUCGUUAUGGACGGACCUCCCUCCCCUACUCGAGUUCCUCCAAGCUAUACAGAUGGACCUCCUUCUUAUGUCGACACCCCCAUCGCGGAUGAAGAUACUAUGAGUGUGCCCGGAAACAACUCGUCGCUGAGACUGCUCCCGCAGGGCCAGGACGAAUACAGAUCAAUUUCGCCCCCCAAUCGAGUCUCGCCAGACCGAUACCACAGACCUGCCGCUUCGACCGCUUACAGCUCGCGUCCCGGAUCCAGUCUGGGCAGAGCUCCAUCGAUACCACUUUCUUCAUCCAAUCCACGCUCUCCUAUCAGACCCUCCACACCGUCUCGAGUAUCGACAGACUGGACGCGACCUCCCGCCCCAAGUGUCGCCUACGAACCGCCCGACAUCAACGGUAGCCCUCGGCCUGGAACCCCAUCAUCACAAUAUGGAGGAAGUCCUAGAAGGCCUCUGCCACCGGCGCCGCUCUUUUCGGCCAAGGGGGCUGCGGCCGAAACGACAAUCCCAAUGCCAGAGCCGGAGUCGGAAAACGAUGUCUUUGUCGAUAACUACUCGAUAAUGCCGGACAACGACCCAAGGGCAAGCUUGAAAUCGGCACAUUCGUACACGACUGACUCGACCUUUACGGAAGAUGAUGACAUUACCAAUGAGAAGUUGAAUCAUUAUGGCCCAGCGCCGGAAGGAAGACAAGAUAGGCGAGGCCUUCGAGAAGCACAAAUGACCAAGAAGGAGGUUAGGUUGAUCAAUGGCGAGCUGAUUCUCGAAUGUAAGAUUCCGACAAUCCUGCACAGUUUCCUGCCUCGAAGAGAUGAGCGCGAGUUCACCCACAUGCGAUACACGGCGGUCACCUGUGACCCGGAUGACUUUGUGGUGAAAGGCUACAAGCUGCGUCAAAACAUCGGCCCGACAAUGAGAGAGACUGAGCUGUUCAUCUGUGUCACCAUGUACAACGAGGGCGAAAUUGAAUUCACCAGGACUAUGCACGGUAUCAUGAGGAAUAUUGCGCACUUCUGCUCAAGAACCAGGUCCCGGACGUGGGGCAAAGAUGGCUGGCAGAAGAUCGUCGUAUGUGUUAUUGCAGAUGGCCGACAGAAAGUACAUCCUCGGACCCUGAACGCCUUGGCCGCCAUGGGCGUUUAUCAAGACGGUAUCGCCAAGAACGUCGUCAAUCAAAAAGAAGUCACGGCCCAUGUUUAUGAGUACACGACUCAGGUCUCGCUGGACGAGACAUUGAAGUUCAAGGGAGCCGAAAAGGGGAUCGUUCCAUGCCAGAUGAUCUUUUGUCUUAAGGAGAAGAACAAGAAGAAACUGAAUUCCCACCGUUGGUUCUUCAACGCUUUUGGACGCGCUCUGAUUCCAAACGUCUGUAUCCUCCUCGAUGUGGGGACGAAGCCAGAUUCGAAGGCCCUCUAUCAUCUCUGGAAAGCAUUCGAUCAAAACUCCAAUGUUGCCGGCGCUGCGGGAGAGAUCAAAGCCGACAAAGGCAAAGGAUGGCUGGGACUGCUCAAUCCCUUGGUCGCAUCGCAGAACUUUGAAUACAAAAUCAGCAAUAUUCUCGACAAACCGCUCGAGUCCGUGUUUGGUUACAUCACUGUCUUGCCCGGUGCAUUGUCGGCUUAUCGGUACCACGCGCUGCAGAAUGAUCCAAGUGGUCACGGUCCCCUCAGCCAGUACUUUAAAGGAGAAACACUGCACGGUCGUGACGCUGAUGUUUUCACGGCCAACAUGUACCUUGCUGAAGAUCGAAUUCUUUGCUGGGAGCUUGUCGCCAAACGCGAUGAACAGUGGGUCUUGAAAUUCGUCAAGAGCGCUUACGGAGAGACCGAUGUUCCAGAUACCGUGCCGGAAUUUAUUUCGCAGCGACGACGCUGGCUUAAUGGCGCUUUUUUUGCCGCAGUGUACGCUCUUGUCCAUUUCAAACAGAUCUGGCGAACCGAUCACAGCUUGACCCGGAAGAUUCUCCUGCACAUCGAGUUCAUCUACCAAUUCAUUUCGCUCCUCUUCACUUUCUUUUCGCUGGCCAACUUUUACCUCACCUUCUACUUCGUGGCUGGUUCAUUGGCAGAUCCAACGAUCGAUCCGUUCGGGCACAACAUUGGGAAAUACAUAUUCGUCAUACUGCGAUAUGUCUGUGUCCUUUUGAUUUGUCUUCAAUUCAUUCUGAGCCUGGGAAAUCGACCGCAGGGCGCGAAGAAAUUGUUUCUGAGUACCAUGGUGACGUAUUCCAUCAUCAUGGCAUACACGACCUUUGCCUCCGUGUAUAUUGUCAUCAAGCAACUUACGACGCACGCUCUAGAAAAGACAGACCCCAACAAUCCCUACAAGCUCGGCAACAACAUAUUCACCAACCUGAUUGUCAGCUCAGUCAGCACGAUUGGACUGUUUUUCCUCAUGUCAUUCUUGUAUCUGGACCCCUGGCACAUGUUUACCAGUUCAGCACAGUACUUUGCACUGCUGCCGUCGUACAUAUGCACGUUGCAGGUGUAUGCAUUUUGCAACACGCACGACGUGACCUGGGGAACAAAAGGAGACAAUGUGAUGCACACCGACCUCGGCGCCGCCAAAGCUAUAGGGUCUGGAAACACAGUCGAAGUAGAGAUGCCUUCGGAGCAGCUCGACAUCGACUCGGCGUACGACGUCGCCCUACGCAAUCUGCGCGACCGGGUCGAGGUGCCCAAACCCCCCGUCAGCGAGAACCAACUCCAAGAAGACUAUUAUAAGUCCGUACGCACGUACGUCGUGGCAUCCUACAUGGUCUGCAAUGCCAUCCUGGCCAUGGCCGUCUCGGAAGCGUACCCUGUGGGAAGCCAUAUCGGAAGCAAUUUUUACUUGACUUUCAUUCUUUGGUCGGUGGCUGCAUUGGCUUUAUUUCGGGCCAUUGGAUCUUCCGCUUUUGGUGUCAUCAAUAUCGUCUCUGCUAUUGCCGAGGGUAGAAUCCAGGCCAAGUUUGAGAGGAUCUUUGGAGGCGGAGACGAGCGUGGUCGCCAUAGAGCUGGGUUGGGGUCUGGGUUCAGUGAGUCCGGUAAGACGGGUAUCACUUCGGGAAGUGGUAUGAGUGGAAUGAGUUUGAGUGAUGUUACGAGUAAGAUUAGUGAGAAGUUUAGCUGGAUGAGUGGGAAGUGAAGAGAAGAGGUCUGAGGACUCAAGACUCCCACUGCAGAAGAGCAGAGAGUUGGGGAGAUUGUAAUGAUGGGAUGAUUACUGUACUUUUGGUUUUGGGUUGGUUUGGUUCAGGAUUGUAAAGGAGGGGAUUACCUAGGGCUAGAUCAUGAUGACUUGGGUGUUCUUGGAGUCAUUACAUACCUAGGGAGCUACUGGUACUACUACAGUCUACUAGUAUGGCACUAAAUCGUCUUGUUGGUAUGCUGGGAUUCUGGAACUUGAACAAAGGGUGAAGAUUCAAGUAUGUGACUACAAUUGUAUGUGCUCUUCCGGA